CAGUUUAAGUUCAAUGACAGAUGACUAGGUAGUGUGAUAAACUCCGGACACACGUCCUCAGCGAUGCAUAGCAAUCAGAAAGAGCAUUUAUACAAAAUCCUUGUCAUCGGUGAUUUGGGAGUAGGGAAGACCAGCAUCAUCAAACGGUAUGUGCAUCAGACGUACUCGACUAACUACAGAGCGACUAUCGGGGUGGAUUUUGCGCUCAAAGUUCUCAACUGGGACUCAGAGACGGUCCGGCUGCAGCUGUGGGACAUCGCAGGUCAGGAGAGGUUCGGGAACAUGACGCGGGUUUAUUACCGGGAGGCCAUGGGGGCGUUCAUUGUUUUUGAUGUUACCAGACCCACCACGUUUGAGGCAGUCUCCAAAUGGAAGGAGGAUCUGGACUCAAAAUUAAUACUUUCAAAUGGCCAGAGUGUCGCCACAGUGCUCCUGGCCAAUAAGUGCGACCAAAAUAGAGACUUUCUGACUAACAACGGCCUGAAAAUGGACCAGUACUGCAAGGACAAUGGAUUUGUGGGCUGGUUUGAGACAUCCGCUAAGGAAAACCUCAACAUUAACGAGGCUGCCAACUUCCUAGUGAAACACAUAAUUGCCAGUGAGAACGAUAUCCUGAAAUCAGUGGUUCCAGAUACCAUCUCUCCUCAGCUCAACUCUGAUAAAGAAAUGACCUGUUCUGCAUGUUUCAAACCUUGAGAGGAGGUGGCAACAAUGUAUGGCAGCAGCAUUGGACUGUAGAGGAUGUAGAUCUAAACAUCAGAAUCCCUCUGAUUCCAGCACUAUGGUCGACCAACGCAAGUCGCAACCACUAGAAAGGUCUGUCUGUUAGUUACACCUGUCUACAGCAUUAAACUACAGACACUUUGAGCUUGCA